AUGGAGCCCAUCACAGUCUACUACUCCGGUCAGGGAGGCCUUCAAUCCGUGGAAGGUCGUCCAGAUUCUCGAAGAGCUCAGCCUGCCCUACACGCUGAAGAACAUCCAGUUCGACAAGGUCAAGGAUACCGAGCUGACCAGCGUCAACCCCAACGGCGCGUGCCGGCCAUCAUCGACCCAAACACCAACCUGACGCUGUGGGAGUCGGGCGCCAUCGCCGAAUACCUUGUUGAGCAAUAUGAUACGAAUCAUCUCAUAUCCUACGACACUUUAAUCGAAAAGAACCAGGCCCGUCAGUUCUCUCACUUCCAGGCGUCCGGCCACGGACCCCCGAACGGUCAGGCCGUGUGGUUCAUGAUGUACCACCCGGAGAAGGUCGCAUCCGUCAUCGAGCGGUUCCAGAAUGAGACGGAGCGCGUCGCCCGAGUUUUGGAUGGCAUCCUGGCUCAAAAUGGGACUGGCUGGCUGGUCGGUGAUAAAUGCACCUAUGCUGACCUGUCGUUUUACCUCUGGGGUCUGGCGAAAGAUCUGGCCUGGCCGGCAAAAUGGGAUAAUGCCGAGCUGCCGCACUACACGGCUUGGAUGAAGAGCAUGGGAGAGCGGCCGGCGACGAAGAAGACGAUGGCGCUGCGGGAGGAGAAGUCCUGA